UUGCGAGCGGAGGGGGCCGGGGGAGUUGCGCGGGCGGUUCAGUCGCCGGCCAGUGGCUAUUUUCCUCCUGCUUUCUGGUCCGCCUCUGAUGUAGGAGACAAUUCUGCAAUAAGGGGUCACUGGAACAGACAAAAGGCUGGAAAACAAGAUGGAUAAAAAAGCAUUUGAGACCGUUCUUGACGAAAUUAGAAAGGCUGUGUUGAUGGAAUACAAAUUAAAAGCAAUUGAGUAUGUACAUGGAUACUUUUCUAGUGAACAGAUUGUUGAGCUGCUGAGAUAUUUCUCCUGGGCUGAACCACAGUUAAAAGCGAUGAAGGCAUUACAGCAUAAAAUGGUAGCUGUUUCUGCAGCAAAAGUGGUUAACAUCCUCAACUGUUUCACUUUUAGCAAAGACAAGCUUAUUGCACUAGAAUUGUUGGCUUCCAAUAUAAUUGAUGCUCAGAAUUACCGUCUUAUCGAAGACCUCUUCAGGGUUAGCAUGUCUGAGAAGAAGAGAUGCAGAAGAAUUCUUGAGCAGGCUUCCAAAGCAGGGUGCAAAGCACCUCAUGCUAUGAUCUCUUCCUGUGGCAUGAUUCCUGGGAACCCUUAUCCAAAAGGGAAGCCUAGCCGUAUCAAUGGAAUUUUUCCUGGUUCCCCUGUUAAGAAGGAGAAUGACGACUGUACCAGUGAAGGCAAGGGAAUAGCUGCUCGCAUUCUUGGGCCAUCAAAACCAGCUCCAGCAACAUACAAUCCACACAAGCCCGUUCCUUACCCUAUUCCUCCUUGUCGACCACACGCAACAAUUGCACCAAGUGCUUACAACAAUGCAGGUCUUGUUCCACUGGCUAAUGUCAUAGCUCCUGGUUUGCCAGGUCCACCACCAUAUACUUCUAGUAAUGUAGGAACAGGUAAAACAGAAAAUGAAGAACUUUCUAAUCAAGCCAAACCUUCCCAAAGCCAAGCUUUUGCCACACAAAUGAGUCAUCUCUUUGCACCUCAUGGUCCUAAUCCUGCUGCUACUCCGGCCCCAACCCCACCGUCGGCUAAGGCAAUAAGCCACUCAUCAGCACUUCCAUCUCCAACCAUCCCAGGGAUAAGCAUGCCCAACCCCGUCUUUCCCGUCUUCCCUGGGCAGGUUAUCUCCUCUGUCCACCCACCCCAACCGUCGACUCCGGCCCCUCCUGUUGUCAAAUCCCAUUCGCUGCCUGCGGUUCCUGCCACGUCUGCUCAUUGUGCCACCACUGCUCCCCUCCCAGGAUCUUUCUCUGGGCUAGCUUCUGUGCUGCCUGCUGCUGCGGCCCCCCAGGGGCUCUCCACCCUGCGUGCCACCCCUGCCCCCAACGAAGCCUUUGCAUCUGUCUCUGCACCCUUCGCCAGCCUUCCUUUUUCUGCAGCGUCUGUCACUGCCCCAGCUAAUAAUCCUAAUUCGUUGCCAUCUGCUUUUGCUGGCCUGCCUUUGUCCUUGACCCCCACUCCUCAGGGAGGAGCUAGCCCCAUUUCAUCUACCAUUGCCGGUUCUCCUGCCACUAGCAUACCCUGCCCACUUAAUUUACCUAAUCCACUUUUAUCGGCGUUAAAGGGGUUUCUCUCAGUAAAUGAUAGCUCAUUAAUUAAUUCAAGUGCUCUGCCUUCGGCUGUGACUGCUGAGCUUGCUUCUUUAUCUGGUCUUCUCAGUCAGAACUCUGAAGCCUCCUCUUCAUCCAGUAGCAAAUGUUACACUCCAGCUGCUACCUCUUCCCUUCAGCAUCCUUCCACUCCAGGACUCUCUGUUUUCUCAGGGCUCCCCUCUCAACCAGGAGGGAGCAGUAACACAACUUCUCCUGCAUUGCCAUCGCAGUCCCCUUUAACAACAUUGUCAUCAUCCGCUCUGCCAGUCAGCUGUGGCUCCUCGGCAGCUCUUCCGCAUUGUCCAAGCCCUGCCAAUCCUGAACAGCAAGUUUCCUCCACUCCAGCUGCCCCAGCAAUUCCAGCUCUAGUUAAAACAGAACCUGCGAGCCCUACCCUUUCGGGUCUCAAAGGCCCAACCCCUUCUGCUGGGCCUAGUCACAGCACUUCAGGCUUGCCAGCCUUUGGGCACGCCUAUACCUCAGCUACUUCGUUGCCAUGCAGCUUAACUAGUUCCCUCAAUCCAGCACUUUCCUCUUUGAGUUCUCCUCUGAACAGCUCCCCAUCUAUUGCCUCCCAUGCUUCAUCUACUCCAGUAUAUAAUGCACUUCCACCUUUCACUUCCUUGACCAACAGUUUUGCUUUUACUGGCAGUCCAGCACUUCCCCCAACAGGCUCUCUGUUGCCCAUUCCCCCUACGAGUACAUCGGCACCACACGUCAGCUCCUCAGCCACCGUUCUCCCACCACUCAUUGCCACGGCAGCGGCUCCAGCUCCACCCUUCUCCCUUAACUUGUGCAGUGCCGUCUCUUCCCUGUUUUCUGUUCCCCAAGUGCCAUUGGGCUCCUGCAACUCAUCCUUCCCUCCUUUUCCUGUCUCUAACACACCCGCUGUCACGCCUGCUCUCCCUUCUUUCCCUGGGCUCCAGGCAUCUUCUACAGUAGCAGCAGUUGCACCACUGCCAGCAGCUGCCACAGCCCCAUCUCCAGCGCCAGUGCUGCCAGGGUUUGCCUCGGCCUUUAGCUCAAACUUCAACUCUGCACUUGUUGCCCAGGCUGGCCUGACUUCUGGACUUCAGACUCCUGGAAAUACAGUUUUUCCAGGACUCCUCUCUCUUCCUGGCAUCCCUGGACUUGCUCAGAGUGCAACACAGUCUUCCCUGCAGGAACUUCAGCACAGUGCAGCUGCACAAUCAGCAUUACUACAGAUACACUCUGCCUCUGCUCUAGAAAACUACACCUCUCAAUCUGAUGGUUUCAAUACAUAUCCCCCAGCAGCAGGAACACCUGGAACACCCUUUUCAGUGCAGGCAAGUCUUCCCCAGAGUGGAUGGCAAUAAAUAACAUUAAUUUCGCCUAUAGAAAGAAGAAUGCUCUAAAAGUUGAUACUUCUUUAGGAAAAAGCUGAUGAUGCUUCCUUAGGAAAAUAUGUUUUCAGCACAUAUCAUUCAAGAGGGAUUCCAAAUACAGUAACUGUUUCUGAAAUGGUAUAAAAACUGGAUUUACUUCAUAUCAAUGACCCUAGGAAGUCUAUUCCAUUUUACAUAGUAAACUCUGAGGAUACUUUGAUCCAGCUAGGAUUUUUAAAAUCCAAAAUAACUGGGUCAUUGAAAAAUUGUUUUUGCUGUGAUAUCAGUGUUUUACAGACUGUUGAAAAUCACUGCAGUGCAUGAGGUAUAGGUACUGAUAAAAAGAAAAUGUAGUUCAAAAUCCCUGCCUACCCCCUCAACUUCUUUUAGGGAUUAGACCUUGUGCAUCUGCCUACUUUAUUUAGGAUGAAUGGAUUUGCACUCCUCAGAACUUUCUGCCUUGUCCUGUUGAAUCAAUUCUAGUCUUUUUUUUUCUUUUUUUUAUUGCUUAUCCAUUGCUAUUUACUCUGAUACUUGUUACUGAAAGUUCUACUACUUACCAAUUUGUCUCAGGCCUUUAUUCCAUCCUUCCAAAGCUGGUACCUUCCAGAAGUUUUGGCAUUUCAGCUUCAGCAUAGCCAUAUUUCUGAGCGGGUAAUCCCAACACAUCUGGAAGGUACUAAGUAAAGAAGGCUGUUUUUACUUAUAUUUGCAAUCUACCUCCCUUCAGUAUUUUUUUCAGUCUUCUAGGAUACCAGAAGCCUGCUGUAGAUAUGUACUUUUUUAAUGUGUAACUUCAGAUUAAGUAUACAGUUCCCUUCAAUCAGUAGGAACUCCAUUUUAUUGAUUAUAGUUUAUGUUCCAUAAUAAACAAGUGUUUGUAUCCAAUUCAUGAACAAGGCACUGGUAACAACACUUCUAAUGGGUCAGAUAUGGCCCAUCAGAUACUAUCAAACAUAUUGAAGAGUUUGAAAUCAAGAAUUCACUUUAUUUAUGAGAAAAAACAAAUGCACAGAUAGUUGUCAGAUUUGAAUGAAUUAUGUGGUUAAAUUCUUAAUAUUUUAAAUUUUUAAAUAGGUGGAGCUGGGUUUGCAAGCAGACUCUUUCCAGUGACACUCCAGGGGGAAAGAAGCCAAAAUAAUAAAAAUAUGUUUAUUAUAUUGGCUUUUUAAAAUUAAGACCAAUUAUUCUAGUUAUGAAUUGUGCAAUACAAAAUACCAUUGUUGCUACUUUAAUGAAGUCUUCUGUACUAUUUUGUAUGGAAUUGGGAAAGCUAUGGCCAUUCAGCUGUUCGUAUAUCACAGCUCAGCCAUGCUUUUAAAGGCAGCUGGGAGUUGUAGUUCAUCAACAACUAGAAGACUACAGCUUCACCAGCUUUGAUUCAGCAUCUGUAGUGAUAAAUGUAAUCCCCCCAUAUUAUCUCUAAGAUAAUUUUGAUCAUGUUUUAGAUCUACAGUAGAGAUGAUACUUGAUGUUACAAUUUUAAUGUGAACUUGAUGCACUUUGUUGCAGUGCAUUGCUUAAUGUUUUUUCUAAAGAUGAGAGUCUACUGAAUAGUAUUACUAAUGUAGAAGCUUUCCACAGGUAAGCAGGUAUAGAGAACACUAAUAUGUAUAUAGCUGUAUUUUUAUAAGGUUUUUUAAAAUAAAAUGCAUAGCAGUGAUACAUGUUUCUAAAAUAGACCUUGAAUAAACAGUUCUUUACAAA